CUUAAAAGUAUAGAAAAAUCUCCAAAAUGCUUCCAUCAGUUCAAAUCACUAAAGCAUCAUUCCACGCUUCCACAUUAUUAUAUUACCAAACACUCUCACGUCUUUAUAUAUCUAUAGAUACAUUACACAUUUUUCCAUAGGUCGACUUCUCUGGAGUAUGAAAGAGCGUCUGAAUAAAAUCAAACAGGUCCGAAUAAAACAGCAUGUGAUGAUGAAGACUUUCACUGUCAUCCCCAAAGAAGGCCGAAUUCAUCAACCCCUGAACCAUUUUGACCGGAAAAAUACCAAAACCUUUCCUCAGAGAUUCAUGGUGAAUGAAGUUUAUUGGCAGCACUCAGAUGGACCGAUCUUUCUCUACAUUGGAGGAGAGGGUCCUCUCUCUAAAUAUAGUCUAUUAUACGGUCAUCAUGUGGAGAUGGCAGAGAGACAUGAAGCACUGCUGGUGGCUCUGGAACAUCGCUUUUAUGGAAAGAGCAUCAACCCCGAUGGUCUAGAAACCGAUCAGCUCAGAUAUCUCUCCAGCCAGCAAGCUCUGGCAGACCUGGCGGCAUUUCAUCAUUAUAUCAGCCAGCGUUUUGGCCUCUCUUAUAAAAACACCUGGAUCAGUUUUGGGGGUUCCUACGCUGGAGCUCUCUCGGCCUGGCUAAGAGGGAAGUUUCCUCAUCUCAUCUAUGGAGCGGUGGCGUCUUCUGCUCCUGUUCAUGCUCAACUGGACUUCAGCUCAUAUAACAGGGUGGUUGGUCGUAGUCUUACCAACGAGGCAGUGGGCGGCUCUGAAAAGUGUUUAACAGAAGUGCGAGAGGCGUUUGCUGCAGUGGAGGCCGCUCUGCUGAUGGGAAAUGAAAUUGAGGUUGGCCGAGACUUCGGCUGCUGUGAGUCUCCUGUUAAAGCUGAGGACAAGAUUGAACUGGUGCAGAGUUUAGCCGGUGUCUUCAUGGGAACUGUCCAAUACAACGAGGAGGGGCUGGAAUUUAACGUUGUGGAGCUCUGUGACAUCAUGACCAAUAAGAGUGAAGCUUAUAAACAGGAGGAGCCAUAUGACCGUCUGAUCAAACUAAUGGCGAUGUAUCAGGCCAGAGUAAACGCCCCCUGUCUGGAUGUCUCUCAUGAGAAGCUUGUACUUGAACUCAAUAACACUAAAGUUAGAUCCAGUUAUAGACCGUGGGUUUACCAGACCUGCACUGAGUUUGGCUUCUAUCAGACGUGUGAAGAUGAUAGCUGCCCAUUCUCACACACGAUAAACCUUCAGAUUGAAACUAAGCUCUGCUCUCAGCUCUUUGACAUCCCUCAAUACAGUCUGCCUCUCUACAUUGACUUCACUAACCAGUACUAUGGAGGAAAGCGACCACAAACCCAACGUGUGCUCUAUGUUAAUGGCAAUAUUGACCCAUGGACGGAGUUAAGUGUGACCUGGAAUGACACAACGGUGGACGAUGAUAGCAUCCUUCUUAUUAACGGCACUGCACACUGUGCCGACAUGAACCAAGAUAAAGCUCUGGAUAAACCUGCACUGCAACAGGCCAGAAAGGAGAUUGAGAGGCGAGUGGCCAAGUGGCUUAAAAUGCAUCAUGGCACUAUAUGAUUUGAUAAUCACAGAACCUAAACCUGCAUUUAUGCUGUCGUCUUGUCACAACAUUCCCGGCACAUUUGAUGACAAGGGUUGGUGGAUGCUUUUUAACCAGUCUUUUGAGUAAUAUUAUGACCUAAAGUUCUGUUUAAAAUAAUGCACACUGACAUGAGAUAAAGACUCUGGU